AUCAUUUUCAAGUUAAAGAUAGACACAGUGCACACCAGGAUCUAGGAGCUGGAUUUCAAACUCAUAUCUGUCCCUAGGAUUUCAGGGAGUUCUGUUAUGAUCUCUGCGGCAAUUAACAAUUUGGUUAAAAUUUGCUCUUCCAGUGAAUGUGCUAAGAAUUCAUGUAAGUUCUGGAUGUACUGGAAUUAAAAGGAUUAAGAGAUCAUGGUGUAUGCACUCUAGGAUAUAUAGGAUUUACAAAUCCCUGGAUGAAGCACUUGGGGAGUCUUUAAAUGCCAUAAUCAACAGCCAUUUCAAAGAAAAUAAUAUAGAUGGUUUUGGAAAAUUCAUGCUGUUUCUUCACGGAAUUUUAGAAUGAUUGAAGAUAGUGGGAAAAGAGGAAAUACCAUGGCAGAAAGAAGACAGCUGUUUGCAGAGAUGAGGGCUCAAGAUCUGGAUCGCAUCCGACUCUCCACCUACAGAACAGCAUGCAAGCUUAGAUUUGUUCAGAAGAAAUGCAAUUUGCACCUGGUGGACAUUUGGAAUGUCAUAGAAGCAUUGCGGGAAAAUGCUCUGAACAACCUGGACCCAAACAUAGAGCUCAAUGUGGCCCGCCUGGAGGCUGUGCUCUCCACCAUUUUUUACCAGCUUAACAAACGGAUGCCAACCACUCACCAAAUCCAUGUGGAGCAGUCCAUCAGCCUCCUGCUCAACUUCCUGCUUGCAGCCUUUGAUCCGGAAGGCCAUGGUAAAAUUUCAGUAUUUGCUGUCAAAAUGGCUUUAGCGACAUUGUGUGGAGGGAAGAUCAUGGACAAAUUAAGAUAUAUUUUCUCAAUGAUUUCUGACUCCAGUGGAGUGAUGGUUUAUGGACGGUACGACCAAUUCCUCCGGGAAGUUCUCAAACUACCCACAGCAGUUUUUGAAGGCCCUUCAUUUGGUUACACAGAACAAUCAGCUAGAUCCUGUUUCUCCCAACAGAAAAAAGUCACGUUAAAUGGUUUCUUGGACACGCUCAUGUCAGAUCCUCCCCCUCAGUGUCUGGUCUGGUUGCCUCUCCUGCAUCGACUGGCAAAUGUAGAAAAUGUCUUCCAUCCGGUUGAAUGUUCCUACUGCCACAGUGAGAGUAUGAUGGGAUUUCGCUACCGAUGCCAACAGUGUCACAAUUACCAACUCUGUCAGGACUGCUUCUGGAGGGGGCAUGCUGGUGGUUCCCAUAGCAACCAGCACCAAAUGAAAGAGUACACGUCAUGGAAAUCACCUGCAAAGAAGCUAACCAAUGCAUUAAGCAAGUCCCUGAGCUGCGCUUCCAGCCGUGAACCUUUGCACCCCAUGUUUCCGGAUCAGCCUGAGAAGCCACUCAACUUGGCUCACAUUGUGCCUCCCAGACCUGUAACCAGCAUGAACGACACCCUGUUCUCCCACUCUGUUCCCUCCUCAGGAAGUCCUUUUAUUACCAGGAGGUUACCUGAGGGGAUAAGUGCACCCAGCCCUGUGGCUGAAGAGCAUUCGCUCAUUAAGCUGUAUGUAAAUCAGCUUGACCACAGCACACGCUCUCCUCCCAAGGACAGUGAAGUAGAGCAGAACAAAAUGCUGGCUAGGGCUGCUCCAGCUUUGCUGAAGGGCAAAGGGAUACAGUACAGCCUGAAUGUGGCAGACAGGCUAGCCGAUGAACAUGUUCUCAUCGGGCUGUAUGUCAACAUGCUCCGGAACAACCCAUCAUGUAUGCUUGAGAGUUCAAACCGGCUUGAUGAAGAGCACAGGCUGAUCGCCAGGUACGCAGCAAGACUGGCAGCAGAAUCCUCCUCAUCUCAGCCAACUCAGCAGAGAAGUGCUCCUGACAUCUCCUUCACCAUUGAUGCAAAUAAGCAACAAAGGCAGCUGAUUGCAGAACUAGAAAACAAGAACAGAGAAAUCUUACAGGAGAUCCAGAGGCUGCGACUAGAACAUGAGCAAGCUUCUCAGCCCACACCAGAGAAGGCGCAGCAAAACCCCACCCUGCUGGCAGAGCUCCGGCUCCUCAGACAACGCAAGGAUGAGCUGGAACAGAGAAUGUCUGCUCUCCAGGAGAGCCGAAGAGAGUUAAUGGUCCAAUUGGAAGGUCUCAUGAAGCUACUAAAGACCCAGGGGGCAGGCUCUCCGCGCUCCUCCCCCAGCCACACCAUCAGCAGGCCGAUCCCCAUGCCCAUCCGGUCCGUGUCCACCUGCUCCACCCCGACGCAUGCGCCUCAGGACUCUCUCACAGGGGUCGGGGGAGAUGUACAGGAGGCAUUUGCACAAAGUUCAAGAAGAAAUUUAAGGAAUGAUUUGCUAGUGGCAGCAGAUUCCAUCACUAAUACCAUGUCCUCUCUCGUCAAAGAGCUGAAUUCUGAGGUGGGCAGUGAAAUGGAAAGUAACGUGGAUUCUGAAUUUGCACGGACUCAGUUUGAGGAUCUGGUUCCAUCGCCAACCUCUGAAAAGGCUUUUCUAGCUCAAAUCCACGCCCGAAAACCUGGGUACAUUCACGGAGGCCCCACCACAAGCACCAUGCGUAGUGACAUAGUUACAGAAGAUGGGGAUCCCUACGUGCGGCCUGAGGACGAGAACUACGAGAACGACUCUGUCCGGCAGUUGGAGAAUGAGCUGAAGAUGGAGGAAUACCUGAAACAGAAGCUGCAGGACGAAGCCUACCAGGUCAGCUUGCAAGGUUGAAUGCAAUAUCCUUUUAUCACUCUCCUCUCAAGCAAGCGAUAGUCAGACAGAUGAUAAGAUGAGAACUGGUGAUGAUGGAGAGCACUGCACCCAGACAGAGGAAGACGGCAGCCUGGCAGCAGCCUCACCGGAGAGAGGAGCCACCACACCCAGCAGCUCCUGACAAACCCCCACCCCCUAAAGAUGUGUUCUGAUGCCUCUAGUGCAGCUAAUUUUUUUUGUUCUCUUAAGAUUUGUAGUUCAUAGGUGUGUGUUUUAGAAGGGGAAAAAAAAAAGACUUCUGUUCAAAGCUAAUUUAUCCACUACAUCUUCUGUAACAUGGCUCAUCCCUGGUUAAAAACAAACCAACACAGGCUGAGAACCAUGCUGCUGUUACACACGAUGGCAGUAUUAACAAGCAUUUUAAACCUUUGCACAUGAUAUUGAACCUGUUCAGUUUACAAUGACAAUAUUAAUACUGUUUAUAGCUAGAAGUUUGAUUUCUGGAUUCUUUGAGAUUUUAGCAAAACAGUAUAUUAUACACUGGACCUUUCUUUUUUUUCCCAUAACAAUUGGAAAAAAACAACCACUUGCAAACAUUCAUAAAUCCUGAAGGGUCCCGUUCCUGAGUGUACAAGCUCAGAAUCUGGAAGCCAAGACAGAUCCUUGGCUUGCAGUUGACCCCAAAAGACUUUGUGAGCAGUGAUUUGAACCCAUCAUUAGAAAUAAUCCACUCUUAGGGGCUUCUUUCCAACUUUGGGUUGUUUUCUUUCAAGAUACUCUAACAAGUCAGCCAUAGAAUUUAGUGUAAAUAUUUUUUCCAAAUAAUCAUAUUCAAAAAAAAGACAACAUUCAAAUUAUAUAGAAUCUAGUUUUUAAAAUCAGCACAGAUCUUCUUAAAAACUGUGAACUAUGUUUUGAAAUACUCGUUACUAAAGCUGUUUAUAAACCACAGGUGCCAUAAGAUCCCCAAACGGACUAAAGUUAUCUAUGCUCUUCCAUGGUCUUGUUCCUCUCGGUUUAGCUUUAGGAAGCAUGUCUUUAACAGCACCGCUCAUUCACAAGCUCCCCUAUCAGGUCACGGAGGCCUUCAGCUUUAAAUGUACAGGCUUAAAGUGCGCUUGCAAAACGUCGCUCUCCUUUUAUUUCUGAAUGUCGAUUGCCUUAGCUGGCCACCUGGUGUUCUGCAUGCAGCGUUCUGUGGUCACGUGAAAGGAGGACAGGCUCUUCUAUAUUAAGCUGGGAUUUUUGCACUCAGUGAAAAAAUAACUAAUGUGCAAAAGAACUGCAAAGACAAGAGGAUAAAAGUCUAUUGAUGGUCCUUAGGAGGGCCCUCUUCAGAAAGAACUAAAGACCGUCCCCUCCCCUCACUUUGGGAUUCUGGGGAAAAUGGAAAAGCAAUCUUCUGUUUGUUUCAAGAUUUGGUGGGGGAUAAAAGCCUGCAGCAUAUUGGAUAUAUUCAUACUUAAAUGAGCAGCUUCUCUGGAAUUCCUGUAGAACAGUGGUUCUCAAACUAUGUUCCCCAGAUCAGCAGUAUCAGCAUCACCUGGGAAUGUCUUAGCAACGCAAAUUCUUAGGCCCCAGCCCAUGCCUACCGAAUCAGAAAUGAUGGGGAUGGGGCCUAGCAAUCUGUGUUUUAAUCAGCCCUCCAGGCAAUUCUGAUGCAUGCUAAAGGUUGAAACUACUGCUUUAGAAUUCAGUUGUAUAGUAAAGUCUCCAGAAAGGUCUUAUAAGUAGGAAAGGCUCUGAGUCAACCUCAAAGCUUCAGCGAUUCCAUUUUGCUUCCAAGGUUUGCAAAACCUCCCACCCCACAUACCUGGUCUGUAGUUGGUAGGUGUCAGCUGAGAAUACUCAUUCCAAUAUUUUUAAGCUCCGCUAGCAGAGGGCCAUCAGAUGUUUAUGCCUCUGCAUUUGGUCAGAAACCAUCUCCUUGGCUGCCCUUCACAACAAAAUCGCUUGCCUUGGGGAUAGUAAAGUGAUUAACUGGCAUCAGUGAGGACCCCACCCUGUCCCUGGAUGUACUUAAUCAUACUUCCCUCCAGAGAACCCGCCUAAACAAAUGUCCCUGAGCACAGGCUAACACCAAAGUGGCACGACUGCACAGUUCUCAGAUUUCUUUGCACAGAUGAAUUUUAUUGCGGGUUUUGUCAGUGUGUUGAUGUUCAUCUCUCUUCCCCUGCCCAUCCUCUGUGAAACCAUACCUCUCUAGAUGGAGCAGGUGGCCAUUGGUGCCUCAUACUCAGUACUGAAAACCACUACAUCCCAGCUACCUACAUUGCUGUCAGUUCGCAACCAGAGCCAGGUGGUUCUUGAACUCAGAACUCAGACCCUGCAAGUGGCACUUCUGCCACUGGCUGGACUGAGCUGACAUAUGUUGUCUCUUUGUGUUUUGACAUCAAAACGUCUGUCUGAGGUUUGAACGGUUCUGCUAAAAACCUUCCCCCUUGUCAUAGCUCUCAUGGCCUACCAACUCCAUAACCCAUCGUUCAAAGCCAUUGCAAGGACUCUGGAAACUGCCGCCCAUGACCAAUUUCUGACUAACCAGCCACCUUUUCUUUCUCUUAGCUCCACGUCAGCACUGAGACCAGACUCAAGCACCCCUGUCCUGUAACCGAGACAAAAUGGCGUGUGUUGUUUUGGGUUUUUGUGGUUUUUGGUGGGUUUCUUUCCGUGGCUCUCCAAAUUUAUUUUUGGGGUCUGUUCUAAGU